AUGUUUUCAUGGCCAUCGCAGGAGGAUGCAACCGCCUUUCGCAGGCUGUUCCCCUUCACGCUCAAACUCCCAAACUCUCGCCCCGUUCUGCUAAAGGAGUUCGUGGACAGGUUCGUGGCAAAGGCCGUAGGCGAACCCACCUUAUCCAUCCGCAAUGGUCUCCUGGAGUACGCUCCAGAGGACAUCCAUGUCUUCCUCUUGGACUCUACCAAGCCAGAUGGUGCACACUGGCUUGCUGACUUGACCAACUUUCAUCGCGCCCCAGACCCAUACGAGGGUACCUACUUCACUCACCUUGCAGGGCUCCCCGUCGCCACCUUUGAUGACCCUCAUUCUGAACUCAUCCCAUCCGAAAUCCUGCUGAAGGCCAACAAGCCUCCCAUGCUGCUUAACUUUUCCUACCACGUGUGCUCGUUUUUCUCCAACAACCACCGUGCAUCGGACCAUGACGUGGGCUUGGACCCCGGCCACCCCCACACUCAACCUGCGUCUGCCCUCUCCCCCCGCCCCCCUCUCUCACCACCCAUCUUGUGCCUGCUGUCCCCCUUUACCAUGCCUUCACCCCUACCAUCCCCCUCUUCCCUAUACCAUUUCUUUACCUGGCCCCCCUUGCCAUCGGCCCUUCACUCACCUACCCGCUCACUCCAUACCUCCAGUCCCUCUCUGCUCUCCCCCACCCAUGCAGGAAACCCUCCCUCUCAAUCCACUCCCCUCCUGCCGCCAUUCAACUAG